CAACAAGCAAGAAUAAUGAAGUUAACAAACCAUGGCCAAGCUUCAGUAUUAGCACACAGUAUAGUAGCCUAUGUUUCUACAUUAGAUGAAGAACAUUUAAAGAAAUUUUCAUCCAAAAUCACAUCAGAUUGUGAACUGUGGUUGUCUAGAUUAUUUAGGUUUCCAGAUUCAUCAGCAGUAUAUCAUGAAGAUGAGAAAGAAGGUUUAGUGAAAGUUUGUCGAUUGGCUUUGUAUCAGAAAUUCCCUAAAUACGCUACAGAAGGUUAUGAUGCCCUAUACUCCAGACCUCCUGUUAUAUAUUUAAGUUCUGCUGCUAAACCAGGCCUAGGACAUUAUCUCUGUUUACAGCUUGGUUUACCUCUAUCUUGUAUAUGUACAGUACCAUGUAAUACUAUGUUUGGAGGCACCAGUAAAAUGGAUGUUUCUAUGUUAGAAAAGCUGAUACAAGAUGAUAUUUCAGCUGCUAAAAAACCCACUCUAUUAAUAGGCUAUGCAGGAACUCCACAAGUUGGCCAUGUUGAUAAUUUACAGAGAUUACAAGAUAUCUGUAAGAAGAAUUCUAUAUGGUUACAUGUAGAAGGCAAUAAUUUAGCCACAUUAAUGAUGUUUUCUGUACCUUCGUCUAUAAAAUCAGCUAAAUCUGGAGAUAGUAUGACUAUAGAUUUAGGUAGAUGGUUAGGUAUACCAGCAUUACCUUAUUCUACAUUAUUUAAAACACCAGAUCCAACUUUAGCCCAUUGUGCUGGAUUAAAUCAUUUUAAUCCUAGAUUAAAGUUAAGCUGUUUAUCUAUCUGGAUCUGUUUACAAAGUUUAGGUCAUGAUGGUAUUGUCAGUAGAAUUAAAACAUCUACACGUUUGGCGAAGAAAUUAUUUGAACAUUUAGAUAAAAUACCAACCAUUAAACAAAUAUUGGUAUUUGAAAUAGUAACACCUACAGUUGUAUUUAAAUAUGGUGAAGAUACUACUGCUCCAGGAGCUGUGAUAGCACCUUAUGCUUCUAACAAUACAGAGGAUACAGAGUCUAAUCUUGAUGAUAAUGUACAGUAUUACAAUGCUUUAAAUAAUUGGUUAGUUGAUACAUUACAAUGUACCGUGCCUAAAGUACCAAUAACAUCAGUAGAUGUCAAUAGAGAGGGUGUCUGUAUCAGAUAUUCACCUUUAGAAACUGCCCAGUGUAAUGAAACAACAGAAGAAGAUGUAGAAGCUUUUGUCAACUGUUUAACAGAAAAUUUGGCAGUAUUAGAUGCCACAGUGGCUCAGAGAUCUCGAUUCCGUUCUGUUGUAGAGAGCAAUCCUAAUUUAAUAUUAGUUCAGUUAGAUUCAUGGGCUGGACUAGGAGCUGUAAGGUAUAUACCAGAUCAUUGGUUGAAUAAAGAAGAAACUGAUAGAGCUAAAGUUGAUAUUAGUAAUAUUAAUAGUGAAUUGGUACAUAAAUUAAAAUCUAUGGAUACAGCCUUCUCUACAGGUCAUUGUGAUGAUAACAGGGUAUGUGUAAGGUUUGGUUUAAUAACAUCUAAUACUGACGUAGAAGAACUAAUAGCUCUAGUUCAAUCUACUGGUAAAGAAAUAGAAGAAUCCUCAAAGUAUUUAGAAUCUUUAUCGGAAAUUAUUAAGAAGAAUAUAGAAACAGCUAAUCAAGAAUUACAGAAAGAAAAUGAAAGUAAAUUGUUACAAGAGGGUGUUAUGAGACAAGUUCCACUUGUAGGCUCGUUAAUUAAUUGGUUGUCACCUACUAAAGAAACAACUAAAGGCAGAACCUUUAAUCUUACAUCAGGAACAAUUGAGAGUACAGAACCUAUUUACAAAUAUCAUAUGCAA